UGAUACUGCUCCAUUGGGACAUCUCAGACAACCUGAAGCAAACAGUGUUGAUUGCUCUGCCUGACAAAAAAAUAUGGUCAUGUAAUGCCUUCUUUGUGUCGUCGUCCCCCCCCCCCUCACUUUAUCUCUUAACAUUUUUACAGGACCGAACAUAACGGAUAUACGACUAGUUGGGGGCGACAGCUCCUGCUCUGGGAGAGUGGAGGUACAGGUCCGUGGCACCUGGGGCACUGUGUGCGAUGACAUCUGGAACAUGCCUAAUGCUGAAGUGGUUUGCAGACAGAUUGGCUGUGGACCAGCCCUGACAGCUCAUUCCAGUGCUCAUUUUGGACAGGGCAGUGGACAGAUCUGGCUGGAUGAUGUCAGCUGCACUGGCCAUGAGUCGUCUCUCUCUCAGUGCUCACAUAUUGGCCAUGGCAUCCAUAACUGUGGCCACCAUGAAGAUGCUGGGGUAGUCUGUCAAGGACCGAACAUAACGGAUAUACGACUAGUUGGGGGCGACAGCUCCUGCUCUGGGAGAGUGGAGGUACAGGUCCGUGGCACCUGGGGCACUGUGUGCGAUGACAUCUGGAACAUGCCUAAUGCUGAAGUGGUUUGCAGACAGAUUGGCUGUGGACCAGCCCUGACAGCUCAUUCCAGUGCUCAUUUUGGACAGGGCAGUGGACAGAUCUGGCUGGAUGAUGUCAGCUGCACUGGCCAAGAGUCGUCUCUCUCUCAGUGCUCACAUAUUGGCCAUGGCAUCCAUAACUGUGGCCACCAUGAAGAUGCUGGGGUAGUCUGUCAAGCGGAUAUACGACUAGUUGGGGGCGACAGCUCCUGCUCUGGGAGAGUGGAGGUACAGGUCCGUGGCACCUGGGGCACUGUGUGUGAUGACCACUGGAACAUGCCUAAUGCUGAAGUGGUUUGCAGACAGAUUGGCUGUGGACCAGCCCUGAGUGCUCCUUCCAGUGCUCAUUUUGGAGAGGGCAGUGGACAGAUCUGGCUGGAUGAUGUCUGCUGCACUGGCCAUGAGUCGUCUCUCUCUCAGUGCACACAUAUUGGCCAUGGCAUCCAUAACUGUGGCCACCAUGAAGAUGCUGGGGUAGUCUGUCAAGGAGGGGCGGCGCCCUUGCCCACUGGUUGAGAAGACUGCUUGAGGACAAAGUGGCUAAGGUCGAUGCCAGAAGACACCACUAGUGUUCUCAUCAGUCCAGAAUAAUCACUAAUUCAAUCUAUCAUCAUUUCCUACCUACAAAUCAUGUCUGUCAUGAUGGCACUCUGAUGCCUUACUGAACAUGUCUUUCUUUCUUUUCAUAACCUU